AUGAAGCUCAAGGAUCGGAAUAAGCUUGGCGUUGCCGCCCCGAUCUUUCAAAUCGAUCUAUCCCGAGAGCCAGGGGACCGUUAUACGGAGCUUGCAUUAGCAUACCAAGAGAAGUUGCCGGGUCUUAUAGCCUUGUUCAAUGAUUUACUGGAAACGACUGGUAUACCAGCGAGGUACCACCAUCCAAUAAACGUCAUGGCGAAAUUGCUACUUCGGCGUCUGUACUCUUCGAUCGAGACUGAAGAACUUCGCGGCAUUUCCAAGGCAGUCAAUGUGCCUAUGUAUCUGCUGGUGGCUUUCAAUGUAAUACUGGAUCUGCUUAUGGGUUGCACUUCAGGCGCAGUUAGCUCUCUGGAACCAAAACAACCGAAGACUGAGGCCAGAAUGUUACAUUUCCGUACCCUGGAUUGGUUGAUGGACCCUCUUCGGUCUGUAAUUGUCCAGCUCGACUUUAUUAGAAGCAAAUCGAAGACACCGACAAAAGUGAUCGCUCGCAGUAUAACUUACUGUGGUUACGUUGGAGUAUUGACCGGAGUACGCGAACAGCUCAGUUUAUCGCUCAACUUUCGUGGAGUUCACAAUGCCAGUACUAGGUCUGAGCAUUUUAGAUUCUAUUUUCAUCACCUACUCGUUCUCCUAGGAUUUCGGCAAUCCAUUUCUAGUAUUUUGAGGAGCUAUUUGCUCAGUGACAAUCAGGAUGAUCAAGACGACAAAGGGGCUAAAAGCCUUGGAGUGAUAGCCGAGGAAAUACCCCCACAACACACCACAGCGGCAUAUCUCACCUUCUGUGAUAGCAAGACCACUAUCAUACUAGAGAAGGAUUUCAGUAGUGCUCAGAUUCGGUCGAGCAAUACCUUCAUUGCUGCCACAAAUCAUGAUGAAGCAACACAUGAACCGACCAUCAGCGGGCCCACCCCAGCUACAGACGAGAAGACUUUGGGCCCGAGUCGAUUUGGGAGCGGGAUGGAAGACAUUAUCGAGGAGAGUGAGGAAAGACUUGACUGCAUUACAUCCAAAUGGCGGUCUCAGGUCCAUAGAACGGAAAGACGAUUACGAAGAGCAGCUACACCUACCGAGUCAUUACAACCCGAGGCAGACACAACGGUCUCCCAGCGGGAAUUGAUCAGAUGGAUUUCCGCUUAUCCGACCACAAACGAAUGUACCCAUUUUGCAGCUAUGAUGGACCCGAAAAGUGGUACCGUGCUCUGGGAUCGUGUCUACCCAAAUUUGCCACUAGAUCUUGAGGACGAUUAA